UCCAGGUAAAAAGUUUCUCUGCCUUUUAGCUAUAACCCGCACAUUUGGGCUCUGCUUUUGAUAAAAAGGGCAAAGAAAAUUGUUGAGGGUUUUGAAAAGGUCACCCCCACCGAAAAGAAGUAGACUCCCUCUCCUUUCCAAAUGUGACCCUUUGGCCUUCACAUUGUAUGUUUCUCUCUUCUUCUCUGCACUUCCCCCCUCCUCAGAGCCUUUCACAGUCAGUACACUCCAAUGUCAUCUUCGCAGCUCCAACACCUUUCAAUCUGCACGUUUCUUCUUCCUCUGCUUCUUUUCUCUGAGACCGUAUCUGCCGCUCUCCCCAUCGUUCCGAUUAAUGGGACGUGCCACGACACUUGCGGGUCCAUCCCCGUUAAGUUCCCCUUUGGCACUGGCUUCGGCUGUGGCCACCCUGACUUCUCCCGCCACGUGAGAUGCAGCAGCAGCUCCUCCCCCUCCUCGGGCACCCUCCAGUUCUCCACUGGCACUGGAAUUUACGACAUUUCCUCCAUCGACUACUCCGCCGGCACACUUAUCCUUGCUGAUCCUUUAAUGUCAACCUGCUCCUCAAUGCAGAACUCUGGCAGCUUCAGCCUCGACCGAGCGAGCCCCUUCACUCUGACGGACGACAACAUCUUCGUCCUCCUCGGUUGCUCCAGGACAUCCCCGGUGUUCGAUCCUGAUGAGAAUCUCUGCGACACCGGGUCGGUCACUCGGGUCUGCAAGGGGCUCUACUCUUGCAAGGCCGUGACUGAUAUCGGGCUCCAACAGAAUGGGCCCACAUCAACCUGCUGUGUCUAUGAGUCCCCGACAAGGUUCAGUUCCGGUGGUUACUCACUGGAUGUCCCGAAGCUGCAGUGCUCAUCCUACUCUGCAGUGUAUGGCUUUGGGGAUGAUCGGGGCAACCCCAUGAAGUGGAAGUUUGGCAUUUCUUUGAAGUAUAAUAAUUCGUCUUACACAGAUUCGUGCGAGGACUGUGAAUCGACCGGGGGGUUCUGCGGCUUCUCAGGUUUAGGCGAGUCUUUUGCUUGCAUUUGCCGCAAUGGUGUGAACAGCACCAAUAACUGCUAUGGAAGAGGUUAUGCUUGGAGUGGAGCCCCCGGACAUAAAAUUCAAACUGUAAUCAGUGCUGCAGGAUUCCUACUCUGGGGGAUUAUGCUUCUCAUUUGACAUGCAUCGGGCUCGCGAUUCUUUGAAUGCUCAAUGCGGAACAAAGGGCUUCAGCAAUUCCAGGAAGCUUUUACUUUUUGUCAAGUCAAGAUGUUUCGUAUCUCCGAGAAAAAUGAUACAUUCUUGAUCGAUUCUUAGUCUGGCAGGUUCUGCGACUGAUCUAUCGAUAAAGAAAGAAGUUAUAUGUGUAUGUACGGCUUUAAGAGGAAUUGAGCAUGAAUUGGUAGGGCGAGGAUUGUUUACUUAAGACUUGGUCUUGAAAAAAUCAUUAGGGGCUACUUUUCCGAGUUCUUGGUUUGCUUGUAGACUACAUAGCUACGAUUAACGAGUUACUUUGCUGAAUAGAUGCAGAUUUAUUA